GGUAAAAAUAGUCAAUUCAGAAAUGACACAUGUGUUUAUUAAAUCAACAUUAAUACGUUUUUGUUUUUGAAACCUAACCUGUACUUUUAAUCAGUCAAACUAAAUGUAUUCUUAUAUUUUUUUACUUCUAACCAAACUUGACCUCUGAAAAUUAAUGUGCUCAGUAUCAGAAAAAGAAUGUAAUGUACUCAUAAAUGUGUUAUAGAAAUAAUUGUGAAAGUGUUAAAAAAAAGAGUUUUCUAUCUAUCCUAGAGACGGAAUCACGUUUUUUAGUAACACUCUGUAGAAAGCAUAAUAAUUGCGGUUUAAAAUAAAUGUAUUCAAGAGGAAGAUUUGCAAUUUAUAAUAAAUCUACUUAGGCAAUAUUCUAAGAUGAAAGUAGUAGCUUUAGUAAGUGGUGGCAAAGACAGCACAUUUAAUAUGAUGCAAUGUAUUGCCGCAGGCCACCAGAUAGUGGCUUUAGCAAAUUUGGUGCCCCAUAGUAAAACUGAAAUAGAUAGUUUCAUGUAUCAAAGUGUAGGCCACGAGGCAAUUGACCUAAUUGCAUCAGCUAUGGAUCUACCUCUAUAUAAGAGAGAUACUUUAGGUAUUUCUAAUGAAAGAGGUAAAAUUUAUGAACCUUCCGAGAGCGAUGAGGUAGAAGACUUGUAUUUAUUACUCAAACAAAUAAGGAAUGAAAUUAUAUUCGAGGCUGUGUCUGUUGGAGCUAUUUUAUCGGAUUACCAAAGAGUAAGAGUAGAAAAUGUUUGUAUAAGACUGUCCCUGGUACCUUUAUGUUAUCUCUGGCAGAGAAAUCAAAUCGAACUUCUUGACGAAAUUAUAAAAUGUGAAGUAGACGCUAAAAUUAUCAAAGUAGCAACAUUAGGUUUGGAAAUUAAACACUUAGGAAGAUCCCUUAGCUCGCUACAACCUCAUCUAUUAGCAAUGCAUGAGAAAUAUGGGAUAAAUGUUUGUGGAGAGGGCGGAGAAUAUGAGACUUUAACGUUAGAUUGUCCUCUAUUCAAGAGCAGAAUACUAAUUGAAAACUCGGAGAUCGUAAUGCAUUCAGAUAAUCCUAUAGCACCAGUAGGUUAUCUCAUAUUCAAGAAAUUGUCACUAGAAAUCAAACUGCCAGCUUUAGAUUUACAAAGUAGAUUGGAAGGCUUACCCUUAAAGGACAGUAAUGGAUAUGUAACUGAUCAUGAAGAAGAAGCGUUUCAAUAUAUUGAAAAUGACACAGAAGACGAAUCCACCGUAAACUCCGAUUAUGUAGUUAACUAUAAUUACACUUCCGAUGGUAUAAUACAAGAAGCGUCUUCUGUUGGAAGUAGAGAAGGGUGGAUAUUAGUAGGCGGCAUUCAAGGAACUUCUCGUAAUGCUGCCGAAUCUAUGACGGAGGCGAUGAGUAUCUUACAGUUGGAAUUAUUAAAGUACAAUCAUACUGUGAAAGAUGUGUGUUCGGUUACAAUGUACAUUGGCGAUAUGGCGGAAUAUGCUGCUCUGAAUAAACUUUAUGUUGAUACAUUUAGUUUUGCAAACCCACCCACUAGAGCUUGCGUGCAAGUGCCCCUGAAUGCUGAUAACCCAGUAAGGCUGGAAGCUAUUUUAUGGAAAGAACCAUCUACUAAUACUGGCGAUAAAAACGAUGAAAGACAAACCAUACAUGUGCAGAGCAGAUCACAUUGGGCACCAGCAAAUAUUGGACCAUACAGUCAAAGUAUCAGAGUGAAAAAUAUCAUUCAUUUAGCUGGACAAAUUGGAUUAGUACCAGGUAGUAUGGAAAUGGUCAAAGGAGGAAUAAAAUCUGAAUGUAGGUUGGUUUUGAGACAUUUAAAGAGAGUUUUGAUGGCUGUGGAUCCUAAAUUUAGUUUGAGAAAUGUUGUACAGGGAAUUUGUUAUGUGACUGACGUAUCGUAUAUUGCACCUUGUAGAAAAAUAUGGGAAGAAAGAACUAACAAUGCUAUCGUUGAUUAUGUAGUUGUUACUGGAUUACCAAGAAAUGCUACAGUGGAAUGGCACGUAUGGGCACAUAAAUAUAACAACCUAUUUGAUUAUGAAGAAAGAGGAAAGUUUGUGGAUAACUUUUCAAUAUCAAUAUAUCGUCGUUGGAAUCACGAAAAUAAUAUUUCCACCAUAUUAUGCAGGAUUAGCCAUCCAGAUGAAGAUGCAAUUAUCAAACUUUCCAUUUUUAAAGAAGCCAUCGAUUAUACUAUACAAAAACUUCAACAGGGAUAUGAAAGUGACACUUCCGUCAUUAAUUUGAAAAUUUUCUAUUCUGUCACCAAAAACAUUGAUUUAAAAGUUAUCUUAGAAUGUAUAGAAAACACAAAAAAACACAUAAGCUUAAGUUAUACUUUAGUACCUGUAAUAUCUUUGAAAAACAAACAAAUAUUUCUGUCAAUUUGUGGUAUUAGAAUGCUCAAUUAAUCGAUAUAAAAUAGUUACAAAAUGUAAACAGCAAAAAUAUGUAAAAAUAAUUAAAAUUAUCUAUCUGUUUAUAGCUUGAAAUAUGAUUUUUAUUUUAAAUUUUAUUUGUUAUAAACUAGUUUCCAACGAUAAAAGACAUUACACUUGGAAAAAGUUAUCGUUGUGGGAUUGUGGCAAUGAAAUACCAAAGUAUUUUUUAAUAUGUAUACCGUGCUUAUGAAUACCUAUGUAUAAAUUAUCGGGAAAUUGAUUAAUCGAGAAUUAUGGUGUCUAAAAUAUUCAUAUGACCCAUCAAUACUUACCUGCUAGUUGAACCAAAAUCUGGUAGAGUACAUGGAGAAAGAGGUAGGUGAGUAUCAGUGCGGUUUCCGCUGUAACCGUUCCACUGUUUAUUCCAUAUUUACGUUCCGUCAGAAGACCUACUAGUACAAUGUCAAUCUUCAUCACCCCUUCAUUUAUUUCCGCCAGGCGUACGACAGUAUCCUCAGAGAUCAGCUGUUGGAGGACCUGCUGGGGUUUGGCGUCCCAAAGAAGCUGGUGCGUACGGUUAUGACAAUGAGGAACGCCUGUAGUAAAGUGAAGGUAUCGGGGUCUCUAGGCAUAGUUUUUACUGUGAACAUAGACUUGAGUCAUGGAGACCCACUAGCGAUACAUCUGUUCAAUUUUUCAAUUGAAGGUGUCGCAAGAAACAUCCGAACGAAUCCUGGAGAAACAAUUUGCAAGAGGCCCACGCAGCACGCACCCCGCCUAUGCGGAUGAUGUUGAUAUCAUGGCACGAACCACUUCGGCUCUUACAUGAGCAGUUGACGAGUUCGAGCAAGCAGCUGAAGCAAGAGGACUCAAAAUGAAUACAUAAAACUAUGUACAUGAGAACCUCAAGGAUAAACCCGACCUCCCAAACCACAUUCCAAGUCAGAGAACAUCGCACUUCUCUGUGUACCAUCAAUUCAAAUAUAUUGUGACCGAAAACUAUACAGGGGGGGGCAACUUACUUCAAUUAAAUAAAAAACUAUAAAAAAUACGAUUUAUCAAAAAACAUCUUUUUAUUUCAGUAUUAUUAGAGUAAAAUAAAUGUACUUGUUUAUUUUUUAACGAAUAAAGAAAACUCUGCCAAAAAAAUGAAAAUAUA